AUGGCGACAUUAAAUUUGGCACAGAUCAAGCUGCUCAUGCUUUUGACACUUCUCUUCACAGGCAAUUCUCUCUGCGCUCGAGUAACAAACCCCAAGAAAGUUCCGAAGAAUGCAGUUCUUCUCUCCAAGGUGUCUGCGCUUACGGCGCGCGCAGGCAAACAGACCACCUCGCGACGAGUCUCUCCUGUCCCUCAAUUACAAUGCGUUGGCCCGUCAAGGAUAUGCAGUCUCUACGCGGUAGACGUCAUGCGAUGUACAAAUGAAGGGACCGACUACGAAGAUGGCAACGUCCAGUGGAGCUGCAAGGCUUCCCUGCCAGAAGAGUUCAAGCUCGGGAGCACGGACGUAACCUGCGAGGGCUACGAGAGCAGCGAAGACCCGUACGUCCUCAAGGGAAGCUGCGGUGUCGAGUACAGGCUGUUGUUGACAGAGAAGGGAGAGCAAAAGUAUGGAUCUGGAAGCUGGUUUGAUCACGGUGGAUCUAAGGGCGGCAAAAACAAUGGCGAGAAGAUUGCGGGCUAUUUGUUCAUGGCACUAUUCUUGCUCGUGUUGUUUAUCAUUGUCCGCGGUAUCUACAACGCCUGGCGCAACGACGCACCUCGGAGGAGACCUCGGGGAGGUGGUGGCUUCGGAGGGUUUGGUGGUGGGGAUGAUGAUAACGACCCUCCUCCUCCAUAUGAUCCACGACCGCCUCCACGGCCUAAGAAGCCGACGGGGUCGUCAGCUUCAAGCUCAAGAACCGGGACAGCGAGCGGAGGGCAACAGGAUCAGGGGUGGCGGCCGGGAUUCUGGACUGGCACAGCUGCUGGAGCCGCUGCAGGGUAUUUUGCAGGCAGGGGUGCCCGCACACAGCCCGCUCCACCGCCAGCCAGACCAGCAUUCGGAGGCGGUUGGUUCGGAGGAGGCAAUGGUGGCUAUGCUGCGCCCACGAGGCCGUCACCGCCGUCGUCAAGGACAGCGAGCUCUUCGAGCUCAAGCUAUUCCAGCACGAGACACGAAAGCACUGGAUUCGGAGGAACAAGCAGACGGUAA